AUGUCGCCGGAGAAUAAUGGCACAACAGUGUACAAAAGAACCUGCAUGAUUCUACCGCCCCAGACGAGUUCCAGGGGCGUGUGGGUAGGCCAUCAAGGCGAAUUCAUCCAUAGCCCCCUGCCAACUCUGGAGAUGCAAAUGUUCAUCAUUUAUCUUGGGACUCUCUUCUUCCACAGCCUUCUCACUCAUUUAAGAUUCCCUAGAUUUACUUCCAUGAUCAUCAUAGGCUUAAUCCUGGGAAAUGCCUUCGGCAAAACUGGUGAGAAGAUUUUGUUCCCCUUUGAUUCGCAAGAAACCUUGGGAUUAAUCUCAGUGUUUGGUUACAUCAUGUUCCUCUUCUAUAUUGGAGUCAAGACGGACAUAAGCGUGGUUCAUAAAACAGGAAGGAAGGCCAUGAAUGUCGGAGCUGUUGCCAUAUUGGCUCCGUUUGCCUGCGGCAUGCUGGCCCAAUAUUACGUGUCCUCAAAAUUCUUGGAACCCAAUCAGUAUGCAAAGCUCCCAUUCAUCAUUAUCAUAUGUUCUAUCGCGCCCUUCCCAGUCAUAUCCUCCGUGCUGAGUGAUCUGAAGAUCUUGAAUUCGGAGUUGGGACGAGUAGGGCUGUCGUCAGCAUUAGUGAGCGAGACGCUUGGUAUAUCAUUGUCCUUCGUGGUUAGCUUCUGCAACAACAUGAUGGUCGUAGGAAAACUGAGAGCCUUGGCAGAUAUGGGAGCUGCCGUGUUGUUCAUUCUUUUUCUCGUGUUCAUCCUUCGCCCCUCAAUGUUUUGGAUCAUAAGAAGGACACCGGACGGAUGUCCGGUUAAUGAUCAUUACGUUUAUUGCAUACUUAUAGUGGCUCUGUUAUCAUCCUACGCCUCCCAUCAUUUCAAUUUCUUGGCUCUCUUUUGGCCUUAUAUCCUGGGUUUGGCCAUCCCUGAAGGGCCUCCACUGGGGACUGCCAUUAUCAAGAAGCUCGACGCCUUUGUGACUGGUGUUUUGAUGCCGCUCUUCGUGACUACAUGCGCAGUGAGGGUGGAUCUCCAGCAAUUCAUGAACUGUAGGAGGCCGGAUGGAAAACUUGACACCUUCAUGCUACAAGUGUUCCUCCUCGUUGUUAUAACUCUCCUUGCCAAAUUGGUUUCCUGCUUCUUGUUUGCCUUGUACUGUAAAAUGCCCUGGAAAGACGCCAUGACUCUCUCACUCACUAUGAGCUGUAAGGGCAUUGUCGAAAUGGCCACAUGCUCCUUCAUCAGAGACAUCAUGGGCUUACCGGAUAACGUCUUCUCUUUCUUGAUGCUGUGCAUGGUCAUGAACGCAACGAUCAUGCCGAUCCUGAUAAGUUAUAUGUACGAUCCUUCAAAGAAAUACGCGGGUUACACGAAGAGGAAUAUCGAGGAUCUAAGAAGCAACUCAGAGUUUCGAGUGUUGACUUGCAUUCACAGAUCCGAAAAUAUUCCAGUAGCAAUCAACCUUCUGGAGGCAAUAUACCCGACCAAAGAAGAGCCGCUCGGCGUCUUUGUACUUCAGCUCAUAGAACUAAUAGGCAGAGCGACCCCUGUUUUCAUAUGCCACCAGUUGCAGAACAAGCCCAAAACCAGGAGCACCUUCAUCGACAACGUUAUCCAUGCUUUCGAGAGCUUUGAGCAAGAGUUCAACGGGGCAUUAGCUGUGAAUGUCUUCUCGGCGGUAUCGCCAGCGGAGAUGAUGAACGACGACAUUUGCAAUUUGGCACUAGAUAAGCUGACCUCCCUUAUAGUGCUCCCAUUUCACCAAAAAUGGUCCUCAGACGGCAACAGCAUCGAGCUAGAUGACAAAUCCAUAAGAGAUUUGAACCUUAGCGUGCUGGACAGAGCACCCUGCUCGGUGGGAAUCUUAAUAGAGAGAGCACAAAUGUCACACGUAUUCUCGCCGGAGACACCCUACUCGGUGUGCUUGAUAUUCAUAGGGGGGAGAGAUGACAGGGAAGCGUUUCAUAUGGCAAAGAGAAUGACGAAGAACCCAAACGUGAGGCUGACAGUGAUAAGAUUCAACGGCGAAGAAGAGAGAAAGGAUAUCAAAGACUGGAACAGGAUGCUGGAGGCAGAGAUACUGGAGGAGGUAAGGGUGAAGCAAAAGAUAGGGGGAGCAAGCGUGAAGUACAGAGAAGAGAGGGUGAAAGAUGGGCCAGAGACGGCACUAAUAGUGAGGUCGUUGGUGUAUGAGUAUGAUCUGAUAAUAGUUGGCAGGAGAGAUGGAAUAGAGAGUCCACAGACUUCAGGACUGUUGCAAUGGAGCGAGUAUCCUGAACUUGGGGUCCUUGGGGAUCUGCUUGCUUAUAUACCUGGUAGAGCUUCUAUCUUUAUCAUUCAGCAGCAAAGAAUGGCUUCCGACUUUCAACCCGAACCCUCAGAUGAUGAAUGCUUGGAAGUGUACGAGACGUCACGUGGCAUGCUCGCGAUCGCCCUGCCCGGGACGUUCCCGAAUCUGGGCCGUUUCAAGAUCCAACUGAUUGGGUUCUUCAUGAUGUCGUUUUUCAUGUUUGUGGUAAGUGUGAAAUACAACGCCAUGAAGAAUAACAUAGACUUGUUCGCUCUGCUGUAUGGGCUCGCGUUUUCUUUCACUAACUCCAGGCCGAACAGCACGACGUUCUUGCUGCCGACAGAGCUGUUUCCGACGCGGGUGAGGUCCACGUGUCACGUGCUGAGCGUGGCAAAAGCCGACGCGAUUGUGGCGGCUUUCGGCCUACAGAAUUUCACGCAAGGUGAGGACACGGGGAAGAUAAAGAAAGACGAUGAAGAUACUGGCGGUGACCAACUUAAAGGGCGGUCUCUUGAGGAAAUCUCCGGAGAGGACGGGAAAGAAGCCGAACCCACUCUAUCGCCAAACGCCAGUGGGGUCACUCGCGAGCAGGGAUCUCACUCCGAGACUUUGGCCAAGGAUUGA